AUGGCCGUUCUCUCCGCGCCUGCGCCUCCGUUGCUUCGCGUCGCUCAGACCUCGCGAUUCUCCUCGCCCGCACACUCCUUCUGCCGCCUCGUUCCUUCGUGCUCUUCUCCCCUUCAUUCUUGCCAUCUCACCUCCACGCGACCGCGUCUACCCUCCCUAGCACACUUCUCGCGCUUCCGCGCACAUCAGCGCUCCGCGCACGCAGCUAGCCCCGUCCGACCAGAGGAACCCGCCACCAUCGACGCCCGCGCUCCCCACCGCACAUGUACGCGCCGCGCGCUACAUUCCGCGCAAGCGAAUGCCGCGCGGUUACCACAACUGGAUGUAGCCGCUAUUUCCGCAAAUGUCGGCGCGCUGCGAGCAAAUGCCGUGUGGGUGCUGACUCGGGCAGGCGUGAUUAUCGGCGGGGGGCUGGCAUUGGGAGUCCCAAACGCUCUUGCCUUGGGCGGCGAGCCAUGGACUGACGCGGUUGGGGACCUGGAAACGCCCUACUCUCCUGAUGCCGCCACGUUCCUCCCGUUCGUCAUUGCAUUCGUGGUGCUGUUUUGGCUGAGCAACUACGUAGCACCCUACUUCAUAUUCAAGGACACCGUGUUUAGAGAGGAUGGGACAGAGGACGGCACUGCCAGCACUGGCAGCAACACACAGCAAGGGAAGGAGCCAUCCACCUCCACCAGUCAAGGGGAGGGAAAGGGGUUUGGCAAGAAGUGA